CGGAUAGCGCUACGAGUAUUUUUAGUCCAUUCUGCGCUACAUAUUUAAGGCGACAGAUGCCCGUCCUCACGCCCCAGUCUCGUUAACCGUUGACUGAGGUUUGUGCACUAGCUCUUACCUUUGAUACUCUGCUACUUCUUCGGCUACCUUAAAAGCCUGCCUAUCAACCCAGUUACUCGUUCGUCCAGGUCAUGCAUUGCCUAUUAUUGAUGUUCCUCUUGCGCAGGGGUAAAGAGUGCAACGCUGCAGCGGGUGUGAAAACUAUGUUUCUACUCCUUCACCGAAACCUCACAACAACUAUCCGCAGGAGGCGGACAGCAUGGAAGUGGCCGGUUGUGCGGCUGCUUCUAAGCGGUCUUGAUGAUGUUCGGGUAAGUAUUUUACUCUCUUUUCACUUUGCUAUUAGUCCCCUGGAACAGUUUCCCCUCAGUACAUUAAUCAUAUCGUCGAUUCCGCAGCCAACAGCACCAGGCUCUUGAUCGUAUGCGACUCAUUGCGACCGCCCUCUCCGUGUCCAUACUAUUUGAUGCCAAGAAUUCCCUCACAACUAUGAACACG